AUAAAAACAAUAGAGACGAGUAAGACAUAAACCGUUAAUUAGCAUAGAGCAACCCAUUAUUGUGUUCCAUUCGAUAGUUUUUCGUAUAAAAACUUGAUACCUCGAUGCCACCAACAACAGAUCAACUCAGCCUACAGACCCUAAACAUGAAAUUCUGCGUUAUCGCUUUGGCUCUGGUCGGCCUGGUGGCCGCCGAUGUCAGUCACCUGCUCAAUGUGGGACAAGGUUCUGGCUAUGCUUAUGGCGGCUCCUCCGCAUCCGCAUCGGCAUCCUCAUCUGCAUCCUCAUCCUCGUCGGCCCCAGCAGUGCUGCCCGGUAGUGAUUCAAGCAGCUACACCCCUGCUCAUUUGAUUUCGCAGAAUCAGCAGGCAACCACUUCUCAAGUCGUUGUCGGUGCAGGCGUCAGCGGCAGCGGUAGCUCAUCGGCCCCAGCAGUGCUGCCCGGUAGUGAUUCCAGCAGCUACACACCAAUUCAUUUGAAUCCUCAGAAUCAGCAAGGAGCUGCCGCACAGCUCAUUGUCGGUGCCGAUACCAGCAGCUACACACCAGCUCAUUUGCUUACUCAGAAUCAGCAAGCAGCUACCGGACAGGUAGUUGUCAAUGUGGACACCAGCAGCUCAUCGGCCCCAGCAGUGCUACCCGGUGGUGAUCCCAGCAGCUACCAGCCAGCUCAUUUGAUUCCUCAGAAUCAGCAAGCUCAAGUAAUUGUCGGUGCCGAUACCAGCAGCUACCAGCCUGCUCAUCUGAUCUCCCAGGAUCAGCAAUCUCAAGUCAUUGUCGGUGCCGAUACCAGCAGCUACACACCAGCCCAUUUGAUUACUCAGAAUCAGCAAUCUCAAGUGAUUGUCGGUGCCGAUACCAGCAGCUACCAGCCAGCUCAUUUGAUUCCCCAGAAUCAGCAAGCAGCUACCGGAGAGGUCGUUGUCAAUGUGGACACCAGCAGCUCAUCGGCCCCAGCAGUCCUGCCCGGUAGUGAUCCCAGCAGCUACCAGCCAGCACAUCUGAUCCCUCAGAACCUGGGAUCAGUCUCAGGCUCUGUGGAGACACAGUCGUUCAACAUUGGUGCCAAUACUUAUACUCCGGAACAGUUCAUUCCUCAGGCCGAUCGCGUUGCCCACGUUACCUACGGCGUGCCGAAGGCUCCAAUUGCUAUUGGUGCCAACACCGUCACACCUGCCCAUCUGUACCAGGAGCCCGCGUCCAAUGGCAUUGAGGAAUCCAACGUAGCCACAUACACGGCUCAGGCUGCCUCUUCAAGUGGCUCCGCCAGCUAUGGCACACAAUACGGCUCCAACGGCGGCUAUGUUUACUAAGCUCUCUAGCUUACUCCAUAUUUGUCUCCCUCUCGCCUAUGUUCCUUCUCCUUUUUGUGAAUAAUAAAAUUUCAAA